UGCAGAAGUGAAACAAGUUAAUAGAGCUGAACAAUAACAUUCGCAAUGACACUGUACCAUUCGCACUCAAGAGCGACGAUCAUCCGGGUGGAGAGCAGACGGAAAGGCAGAGCAGUCGUUCUGGGCCAUGUUGGCCGAAGGGUUUCUCAGAGUGCUGUGUUACAGGGAGGAGAGACAGUUUGCCUCUGCUUCGAAGCUGCAGAGAUUGCAGGCACACGCUCGUUGUGCGGAUCAGUUCAACAGCCAUCUCUCCGACUCAAACCCUACAGACCUCCGGACAGAAUCAGCCAAAGCAGGUCCAAACAGGCAGGAGCUAGACUCCGCCCAAUGCCAGCGACUGAAAGUGGAGCCUGGAGGUCCUGCAGGCCGCUUCAUCCCUGGGUGUCUGCCGGUCCUCGCCCUGGACCCUGACUUUACAGUUUGCUUGGACAACUGCAGCCUCCUGGAGCAGUAUCCAGAUCUGCAGGUGGCCACCAUCCCCCAGCACGCUCUUUACACUCCGACCUCUGAACCCAGCCAUCAGCCGGACUGGGCAGCCCACCCGGGGCCGCGGGGAGAGCCCGUCUCCAUACCAGACCAGGGUUAUCUGGCUAUGGGGCGCAGUGUGAACAAGAGCUUGGAUUCGCCCGGGUCAGGGUUGGAGCCGAUGUCUAACUCAGUGCUGAAUGGGCUGCUGGAGAAGCAGCUGGAGGAGGUGUACAUGCAGCAUCUGACUGACAACUUGGCUCGAUGUAACUCCCACCUGGGCAACAGCCUCCUGCACGGCCUGGUGCCUCUGCCCGGCGGCAGCAGCCACCCUCGGGGGCCAGACUCACUGGAGGCCAGUCUGGAACCGGGAUCAGGAGGGUACAGAGGCAAGAAGAUGAGUUAUCUGAGCACCCAGAACUUGGUUCCCUGCUCGUCCAACUUCAGCUCUCCUGUUCUGCGGAUUUCGGAGGCUGACAAUAACAACACUCAUAACAAUACUCAUCAGCAAUGAGGGCAACACUGCACACGUAUUACAUGUGACGCUCGGCUGUGGCUCUUUUGCUUCUGCACGUCUUUAACGCAGAGUGAUCACAUACCCACAAUGCAACCGGGUGGGAAAACAUGCGCAAUCCAGUAGAUGAAUGCAAACUUUUAUUAUUUGUUUACCUAUAUUUACACAAUGUCUUUAUUAAUUGCUUGCUGAAGUGAGACGUGAAAUGUUCCUGCUCUCAUGUGCCAUCUGCUGCUAGGUUUGAGAACUACACCAUCAUGUUCCUGAUAAACGUUUGAAUCCAUUGUAUUGAUAUAUUGAUAUAUACAUGGGUGUGUUGACGGUAUUUGUUAUUAUGAAGCAAAGCAUAAUCCAGCGUUAGAUCUAGAUUCACCCUCUGCGUUGCAGAUGCCUUGUAAAUAGAGAUAUAUCCAAGUGUAAACGAAUCAUUCUGGUCUAAAUAAAGUACAAUAUUUCAAUC